UUAACCACCAGUUGUGAAAAAGGCAAAGGACCCGCCUGCACCAGCAUCUUCAACGCCGAGCUCCACAUUCUUCAGCUGUCAGAUCCAAAUCCUUGGCACUGAGGCGGCCCUCGACGGCAAUCAAUGAUUGCACCGGCAAUGGCAGGGGCUCCAGGUACAUACACUUAAGUGAUUGAUGAUCAGAGAAGAGAAGCAAAAUGUUUAAGACGGCCUCACCCUUCUUGACACGGACUGCCUUCCGGCAGCCCUCGUCACUUCGAACGCUGGCAGCCACGUCGGCGCAAUGCGCACGCUACUCCAGCUCAACCGGGCCGACCCAGCGCGUGAGCGCGCGCGCUGUUGGCCUGCUGACCGUUGCCGUUGCCUCCGGCGCCGGCACCCUCUGGGCUUACCCGCGCCUCUUCGGCGAGCCGCAGCCGGCCGGCCCCGCUCAGCCCGAGGCCGCCGAGAUUGUCUACGAGAAACCUCGGAAGAAGGCGGCUGACAAGGAGGAGAGCCGCGAGCUUGUGAGCCCGCAGCAUGUUCAGGUCAAGAGGAGCUGGGAGCACCCCGGCGUCUAUGCCUGGGGGUCCAACGCUGGGAAGGUGGUUGCGCCAGACUCCGACGAGACCGUCAUCAAGACACCACGGCGGAUCCCCUACUUCGACGGCAAGCUCCUUCGCGAUCUGAAGCUUGACCGUGACUUUGGCGUCGCUGUCACCGAGGAAGGCGACCUCGUUCAGUGGGGCACCGCCUUCUCCAAGGACGCCGUAACUCCUACCGUCACCCUCAAAGGCAAGGACCUGUCCAAGAUCGCCGUUUCGCGCGACCGCAUCAUUGCGCUUUCGUCCAACGGAUCCGUCUACUCCAUUCCCGUCGCCAAGUCAGACCAGGAAUCCGGCGAGAAGCCCACCAGCAAGUCUUGGCUACCCUUCUGGUCCUCCGAGGCAUCCAUGAGCUACCGAUUGCUCACUCCCCCGAGCCUGGGCUGGGGCGAGAAGGUCAUCGACGUUAAGAGCGGACAAGAGCAUUGCCUGCUCUUGACUUCCAAGGGCCGUGUAUUCUCGGCCGCCUCUAGCUCGGAGGAGUUCCCUUCCAAGGGACAGCUCGGCGUCCCAGGCUUGACCUGGCACACACGACCGGCCGGUCCUUAUGACCAGCCGCACGAGGUGAAAGCUCUGAGCAACAUCAAGGCCAUCGCAGCAGGCGCAUUUCACUCGCUGGCUCUCGAUGAUCGAGGGCGCGCCUUCUCGUUCGGGGACAACAGCAGCGGCCAGCUAGGGUUCGAGACCGACAUCGCAGCCAUCGUCGACAAGCCUUCGCUCCUCCCGGUGCACAAGCUCUACAGUGGCACGGGCCUCGUGCCCAAGGUCACCUCGAUCGGCGCGGGAGGGCAUAACAGCUACUUCACCGUAGACGCCACCAAGACCCAGGGCCAGGACGCCCAGGAAGUUGGCCGGACCGUCGCAGACACGUGGGCGUGCGGCGCCGGCAUUUACGGCGGGCUGGGCACGGGCAAGUGGACGCACGUCUCGGCCGUCCCGACCAAGAUCAAGGCGCUGUCCAACCUGUACGAGUACGACGAGGCGACGAACCGCGUCACGCCCAUCCGCCUGGCCCGGCUCGCCGUCGGCAGCACCCACGCCUGCGCCGUCCUCGACAACCUGACCCGCCUGACCGCACCGCGCAGCUCGACGUCCGGCUCGGACACGGACACCAACUUUGGCGCCGACGUCCUCUGGUGGGGCGGUAACGAGCAUUACCAGCUGGGCACGGGCAAGCGGAACAACGUCAGCGUGCCCGUGUACAUCGCUCCGCUGGACGGCGGGCGGGCGGGAGAUGCGGACAAGAGCGGGGUUGGCGAACCGCCGCGUUUCCAGCUCACGCCGAGGACGACGGUGCGGCUGGGUGAGGGAGGGAAGGGUCGGAAGGCUAGCGUCGAGCAGCGGAUCGAGUGCGGCCGUUUUGUCACGGCCGUCUACUCGGGGGCAUGAAGAGAAGGGGGGAAGGGGGGGGGGUUCCGUCAAAACUCGUUCUUGAACAGGGUUGCCCAGGAAUCUAUCUUUGAAACGGGCGAAUGGGAUGGCGCAAGGUUGAUUGUGAUGUACAUUACAAAAGGCACGGAGGGUUCUGGGACAAGCGCCCCUUAGUUAUUCGUUUUUUUCUUAUGUAUUUAUCAUCACCGGAGAAUGCAACUCCCCCUUUUAUUCUCUAAUUUCAAACAAAAGCCGCGACAACUCUGAUACGUGUACACUUCUGAAUAUUCAUC